AGACGGCUUGAGCGCCAUAUUGGAGUGUAACUAACUAGCUAUUGUUAUAAAUAGGGUCGGGGCUGCUGCUAGCUGAGUUUACAUGUUUUCUACAAGUUUGUUCUAAGGAAAAGAGAAAGUUCUCGGUGGGUCAUGAAAGAAAUGUCAGCGAACAGUAACAGUAUGCAUGGCGGGCAGCAGCCUCAGAAACACUAUGGCAUCACCUCGUCCAUCAGCAUGGCCUUCCCCAGGGAGGUGGACCACCAGUACACACACAAGCUCAGCGAGGCCAUGAAACCCUUUGGGGUGUUCGAGGAUGAGGACGAACUCAACCACAGACUCGCAGUUCUUGGGAAGUUGAAUACAUUUGUCAAGGAAUGGAUUGCCGAGAUCAGUGAAACAAAGAACCUCCCACCAUCGGCGAUAACCAAUGUGGGGGGGAAGAUCUUCACCUUUGGGUCUUACCGGCUGGGAGUUCACACUAAAGGGGCGGAUAUUGAUGCCUUGUGUGUGUCUCCGCGACACGUGGAGAGGACUGACUUCUUUGACUCAUUCUUUGCAAAGCUCAAACUGCACGAAGAGAUCAAAGACCUACGGGCGGUGGAGGAUGCCUUUGUGCCUGUGAUCAAAUUCAAGUUUGACGGCAUCGAGAUUGACCUGCUGUUUGCGCGGCUGGCUCUGCAGUCCAUCCCAGACAACCUGGAUCUGAGAGGAGACUCCCACCUGAGGAACCUGGACAUACGCUGCAUCCGCAGCCUCAAUGGCUGCAGAGUGACAGAUGAGAUCCUGUACUUGGUACCAAACAAGGAGAACUUCAGACUAACCCUGAGGGCCAUCAAGCUGUGGGCCAAACGCCGUGGGAUCUACUCCAACAUGCUGGGCUUCCUGGGUGGCGUCUCCUGGGCCAUGCUGGUAGCCAGGACCUGCCAGCUCUACCCCAACGCUGUGGCCUCCACCCUCGUACACAAGUUCUUCCUGGUCUUCUCUAAGUGGGAAUGGCCGAAUCCUGUGCUUUUGAAACAACCUGAAGACAGCAAUCUGAAUCUGCCUGUUUGGGAUCCACGGGUGAACCCGUCAGACAGGUACCACCUGAUGCCCAUCAUCACACCAGCCUACCCCCAGCAGAACUCCACCUACAACGUCUCCACUUCCACACGCACCAUCAUGAGCGAGGAGUUCAAAUACGGUCUCAGUGUGACCGAUGACAUCCUUCAGGGGAAAACGGACUGGUCCAAACUGUUUGAGCCGCCCAACUUUUUCCUGAAGUACAAGCAUUACAUUGUUCUGACUGCCAGUGCAUCCACAGAAGAAAACCAGUUAGAAUGGAUUGGUCUGGUGGAGUCUAAGAUCCGUGUCCUGGUGGGGAACCUGGAGAGGAACGAGUACAUCACCCUGGCACACGUCAACCCCACAUCCUUCCCCGGGAACAAGGAGAGCUGUAGCGAGAACGAGUUUGUCUCCAUGUGGUUCAUUGGGAUCAUCUUCAAGAAAGUGGAGAACGCAGAGAGCGUCAACAUCGACCUGACCUAUGACAUCCAGUCCUUCACAGACACAGUUUACAGGCAGGCCAACAACAUCAACAUGCUGAAGGAUGGGAUGAAGAUCGAAGCUACGCAUGUGAAAAAGAAGCAGCUCCACCAGUACCUUCCUGCUGAGCUGGUGCAGAAGAAGAAGAGGAGCAUAGUGGAGCUGAACCGUAGCGCUAACAGCGGAGGCUCCAAGCGUUCCUCUCUUGACGGCAGUCAGCUGGACAGCUCCAGAGACACCGACUCAGGGACUCCCUUCAGCUCGCCCAACCCCGUCUGCAAGCCGUCCAGGCCGGCUGCCUCGGACACAGACGACAGUGUGACACCUCCCAAGCCACCAGUCUCUCUGAUUGUGGAGAUGAGCUCCUCGGUGCCAGACGUCUCUCCACCCAGGACCGAGCAGGGUAUGUCCAUCCCAGUCAUCGGAUCAAAGUCUGUGGUUGCAGCUUCCAAACCCUCUGCCCCAGCGGCCCCAGCCGGCAGCACCAUUCCUACAGUAGUGGGUAGGACCGUGGUCCCUCUCCCUGGCAGCACCAGCCCUACAGACCAGAACGGCGCCUCCGCUGCUGCUGCAGUCAAGAGACUCCAUUCCCCUACGCUGGAGGAGCAGUCCAAGAGACUCAAAGACACUGCAGAACCCCUGGCUGAUGACUUGGCCUUCAAGGAGCCGUACCCUCCAUCUAGCGACUGCAGGGAGCAAGGGGACGGAGUCAAUGUGGGUAGUCCUCCAGCAGUCAGCACCAUUCCUACAGUAGUAGGCAGGAGCGUUGGACCCUGCCUGGGCUCCCCUAGAGAUACUAGCAGCCCGACAGAGCAGAACCAGAACGGAGCCACUACUGCAGCCAAGAGACCUCACUCCCCCACACAGGACGAACCCCCCAAGAGGAUCCGAGACACUGCGGAUCUGCUGGUGUCCGGUGACGACUCUGCAUUCAAGGAGCCCUUCCCUUUAUCUAGCGCCGGCCAGGAGCAAGGAGACGGAGUGGACAUCGAAAGUCUUGGUGGGGUAAAGGCUAUGCCUAUUCCAACUAUCGACACAUCAAGAACACAGAGACUUCCCAGUAUGGAGCUGCCAGACGUGACCUCCCCCCUCCCCAGCAGUAACCACCAGCGGGUGGUAAAGAACUCAAUCAGACUAGCCCUCAACAGGCACAGGUAACCCCAGGUAAAGCGUCCCCUUGUCCCACUCCUAAACCCCUUCCUCCACGAGGCCUGGACCUACAACACUGACUAGCUCCAGACCUGAGAGAUCCAAAAUCAAGACUACUGUGGUAAAACCUAGUGAGGACGCAGAUUUUAACUCUCCUACCCCCCCCCCGUCCCCGUCACUGGACGAUGGGCAACGACAGUCCCUUUUUUUUCCCCAAAAAUGUCAUCUGUUUCUAUGGUCCUUCCCAGUUGAGCUGAUUUAAGAUUGGGUUGGAGAAGAGUUGGAUGUAUUUAUUUUUGGGGGGAUUCCCCCCACCCCCUCUUCCUUUACUGUUUAGUUCAGUGUUUUAAAUGGCCUUAACGUGUCGGUGCUUGCUACUACAUCCUUCUGUACCAUCGUAAUGUUUUGACAAAUGGAAAACUUCUACAGUAGGUGUAGUUUAUUGUACAUAGCUCGUCUUUAAAAAGAGAAAAAUAAUCACAGACGUUUAGUCGUUCCAUACAGCUGUAUUAUAGUUUUAUGAUCUAAAAUGUAAAAAAAAAAAAAAAAGUUAAAAAAAUGUAUUGUUUUUCCCCACUGUUUGUCAACCGCAUCACAACAUGACCUUGAUAGCCAAUCGCAGCCUUCCCACCCAGUAGACUCAUCCACCUGGGUCGUUUUCAUUUGGGCCCAACGUAUCAAAACGUUUUGCAACAGAAACCUAAAAUGAGCAUUCCUUUUUGGACAAGUUCAGAUAGUACCUCCCUUUUUUCCUUCUGUAUGUCCUCUCUAGGUUAACAGGACCUCCUGUAUGAUCCCUCUAGGUUAACAGGACCUCCUGUAUGAUCCCUCUAGGUUAACAGGACCUCCUGUAUGAUCCCUCUAGGUUAACAGGACAUCCUGUAUGUUCUCUCAAGCUUUGACACCCACUAGAAUAGAGGUCACCAACCCUCCUGGAGAGCUACUGGGUAUUGUAGGCUUUUGCUCCAGCCCUACACUAGAUUCACACACCUGAUUCAGCCAACCAGAGUCCUUAGGGGCAGCUCAUUAGUAGAAUCAGGUGUGUUUAUAGAAGGGUAGGGUACUGUUCCCCAGGCAGCACUAGAACCCAGGGACUGUCCUAAACAUGGAGGGUUGUGUUGAGCUAGUAGGAUAAUGGUUGUGAGGUGGUUCACCACUGGAGUUGUGUUGCGUAAAGGGUGUAAUGCUUUUGCUGGUGUGUGAGGAUGGAUGUGUGUGUGUGUGUGUGUGUGUGUGUGUGUGUGUUGUAAUUCCCUUAGUGUGGGGUGUUGGCCCUCAGCGCCUCCCGUGGAGGUUCUUAAACAUGGCGUCUCCUGGGGUCAUCCUGGGCCAAGUCCCAAAUAGCACCCUAUUCCCUACAUAGUGUACUACUUUAGACCAGAGCCCUAUCUGGCCCUGCUCAAAAGAAGUGCACUAUAUAUGGAAUAGGGUGCCCUUUUCAGAUGCAGCCUAGUCGAGGAGUUGACCUCUCAAAUCAGAUUUCAGGACUCGCACUCACAAAACUUCUCAGAGUAGGAGUGCUGAUCUGGGAUCAGGUCCCCCAUGUCCAUGUAAUGUUAUGAUUUAAAUGGCAAAACCCAUUUGUUGAUCAGCAGUGGUGCUCUGAGAACCUUUGUGUGUACAGUCCCUGCUCUCCCUUUCCAAACAGUGUUUUCUCUCUACAUUCUACCCCGGUAGGAAUUCCAGAAAAGCAUCUUGUAUGCAUCCCAAAAUGGCACCCAAUUCCCUACAUGGGGUCUCUGGUCAAAAGUAGUGCACUAUAUAGGGAAUAUGGUGCCAUUUGGGUCGUGCCCUAUGUAUUUAAAAGGCGUAUUCUCUUCAUUAAUGUUUUUUUUUCUUAUUGCUUUGUGUAUUUCUACCAUUUUAUAUCAUCCAUUCUAGCAGCUUAGGGCUCUCAAUGACUUUUACACCACUCUGUUUUCAACAACUCUCUUCUUUUGUUGUGCAUUUUGAGAAACGAUUAACAAGUCAUUUAUCAGUUGUUUUUGUAGGGCAACAAGUUGUAUUUGAAAAGGUAUUUUUGUAUGUACUGUGUAUCACCUUUUAAACAGAGACCAUUAAAUCCAUAAAACCCCCA